AUAUCGGCGCCAUUUUAUUUCUCGUCGCUCGUCACUCGCUCAAUUUCUAUCCGCUACUCGUUGCGCCUUGGACACACGCGUUUUCCAAAUCGUGAUUUUUUUCGCUCUCAGUUUAUUUUUUACUGUGCGAAUUAAACAAUUCAAUCAGUUUAGCAAUCAAUUCGCGAUAUAUUUAUGCUGGUCAACAAAUGACAAGUGCAUCUAAUGCCCUAGCUUUGUGCGCUCAUAAAUUAAAUUAAGUACGUGAGUUGUGCGUUUUUUUUUUGUUGAGCCGAAUGCAAAGUACGACGGCGACGCACAGUUCGACCGCAACGCGACGUUGAUGUCAGUUUAAGUGUGUGAGUGUUUGUGUGUGUGCAAUAAAAAAACUACAAAUUGCGAAAGAGCAAAAAAGCAAGGCAAAAAAAAGGAAAAGACAUAUUUCUACGUUCAGCAAUAAAAAAAAAACGGACGCGAGAGCCCAAAGACUGCGUAAAACAUACAAAAGAGGCGCGCGGCGUGAAAUGCGCUAAUAAAGUAAUAACAGCCCAUCAUUUGUUUGGGGAGGGGAGGGUUUGGCGUGCGAUUGUAUGCUUGUGUUCAGUGUUGCAUUUUGUGCGUGCACGGGGGGCCGGCUAAAAUCCAAUGAUGUCCGCAUUUGUGGAUGGCCAACAACAACCACAAGAAGAACUGCAACAACAACAAACUCAAACGCCGCGCACUCCACUAAGACUUACUAAUGAAGCCGGUAACAAUAAUAACACCAGCAGUAGCAGUAGUGGUAGCAGCAGCAGCGGCAGCGGCAGCAAACCCAGCAGCAAUAAUAAUUCCAUCAUGGGCAAAGUAAAAUUGCGCGUAUCUAGUAUACUUCCGGAUUCUCUGAGCAAAUGGUUCUCACCCAGUGCUGUUGGUAAUCUAAAUGACAGUGCCACAGAACAAGAAUCCUCAACAUCAAACUCACAGUCGUCGUCGCAACAGUCAACGGCUCAGCACAAUGGCAGCGCCUUGCUGACCACACAAUUCAAACCGAAACGCAGUCGUCGUCGCAUACAACUGGAAGCCGAUGAUGCUGGUGAUAAUGCCGUCGAUGAUGGCACCAGUGCACAGGAUCUGAAUGAAGAGGAAGUCCAGCUGGCCGAUAAUAUAGCCGAACAUGAUCUGGCCGGCGAGGAUGAACAGACGCUCCGCAACGAAUAUAAUGUUAGCCUGCUGCGUAAACGUCAAUUGAUAGCCAGUGACGACGACGACGAUGAUGAUGAUGAGGAUGAGGAGGGCGAGGACGAGGACGACGAUGAGCUCGAUGAGGGCACACACCAGAAUAACCAUCGAAUUCAGCAGGCAAAUCGCAGUGUUAAUUAUCGCAGUAGUACGGCACAGCCGCUACAAAAACGCAAACGUAUUGAGCCGCCUGAAACUACGUUCAGCCCUCAGUUCAGCGCCCAACAACGUCGUCCUCCACAGCUGCUUUCCUCGACGCCCGCCAAUAGCGAGGCUGUGCGCAGCAAUGUGACACCUCAUCGAUUCUCGUCGCACUUGAACCUGUACGGAAAUCAGCGUCAGCGGGAGCCCGCCUUCACCUUCCUGUCCACCUCGAUCGGUGGCAACAGCAGCAGCAUCAGCAACACCAACAUCAUCAACGAAGCAGCUGUUGCCACCAGCGGUGAUUUGCCAAUGAGCUCGCGACGCUCGUUGAAUAUUGCGCCAAUGACUGAACGCCGCGAGACGGCGCUGCCCAGCUAUAAGCGACAAUCGCUGCUGGGUCAUCGCGGCCUGACGCCCAACUGGCGCAGCUAUCAGGCCAUCAACGAGGAGCUGCCCAUCGAGGAGCAACAGCAGCAGCAGCAGGCAAACAAUAAUAAUAAUAAUACUAUAAAAUUAGCUAAACGUAGCACAGAUUUGCAAUCUGAAUGCGAGAGUACUGAGAGCCAGGCAACAGCUGGACGUAUGCACAACAACAACAAUAAUAUCAACAGCGAGAACAGCAUCGUCAGCCAGAAUAACAAUAGCAAUAGCAAUUCGUUAUUUUAUGGCAAUUUACAGAGCCGCAAAUCGGUAUUCAAACAAAAUUUGAGCUCAUCAAUGCUGCAACAAAACCAACAUCAUAAUUCAACAUUAUCGCUCAACUCAUUGAAUAAUCGUCGCCGUUUCAAUGCCUCGAUAUAUGGCAGCACAUCGGCAUUGAGCGAUAGCCGACUGUUAAGCACCACCAGCAGCAACAGUAACAGUAUCCUAGCUGGGAAUUCACCAUUCUAUCAGGGACCCACCGCCUUUGGCGGCAGUUCGGCAAACAAUCGUUACUUUAGUCAAGGCAAUUUGACAAACAUUAUCAAUUCUGGUGGCAGUUCGCCGGCGGCAUCGAAUAGCGAUGGCGUUUGCAGCAACAGCAAUCAGCAAUCGCUUGUGGGACGUCAUCAUAAAAUUGGCGGCAACAUUGGCCGGUAUGGCUUGAAUUCCGUCGGUGUUCUUUACCCUGGGAAUCCCUCUUCAAAGGGCGGUGUCAACGACAGCAGCGGCACCAGUGCGUCUAGCCUGUCGUACACAGCUAAACGUAUACUCGAUCUGCUUGAGAAUCAUCGCACACCUCUAAUGGAUGCCAAGAAAAUGGGCAGCACUUUGCGUGAACAUAAGAUGCAGCGAACUUCUAGAAAUUUAAAGAACGGCACCAUCAGCAGCAACAACCAUUGCAACAAACCCUACGCCUAUCCAAAUCAUUCGAUUGCCGCCACCGGCAACAACAACAGCAUCUGCAACAGCACCGCUGCCGAAUUAGGUUGCAAGUCGAACCUGAUGGUGCCGACCAUGUUGCAAUUGCUUGAUCGUCGUCGCUUGACUCGUGUACCGUCACGUUCUUUGACAGAUACCAAGGAGCUGGACGAGCAACAGAAGCUGCAUCAUCGCCCACAGUCACAAGAGCAGCAAGAAAUGCAACAGCCGCAGCAACAACUGACUGCAAAUGCGACAUCAAGCAGUUUCAAUCAUAGCAACAGUUCAACGAACUUGGGCUCGGGGACCCAGAAUCAUACGAAUAAGAUACGUUCACGUCUAUCUCAUCAGGUGCGCAAGGAUGCGCGCAGUGCUGAGGAGCAAAAGAUGCCACCAGCACCAAUCGAUUUGCCCAACAUUCGUUUCCCGAUGAUGGCCAGUGAGCCGAAAUUCGAUUUGAUUAUUGCACCGUCGGAUGGACUAGCAACGACUUCAGCCGAUCAGCAAGACAAGUUGCCUGACCUCAACAACGACAACAACGAUAGCAGCAGCUGCAUCAACAACUAUCGUCGCGGUCAUUUUCUAUUCGAAUCACCGAUUCCAGUUUUAUGCGUCAAUCCUAACGAGGAUCCAUCACAACUCCAAAAACGCAUUAAGCUAGUUGCAUACACAUUCUCGGAGCCCUGCCCAAUGGAUGCCGCGAAGCUGAGUGCUGAGCCCAAAGCGUUGCAAUUCAAUGGUGAAUCAACAACAACCACCACCACGACCACCACCAACACCACCACCACCACCGCCAGCAGCAGCACGAAUAGCAAAAGCAAUGAUAACAAAUUGCCAGAGUCAACGUCAACAUUUGGAUUUGGUGAUCAGUUCAAGAAAUCCGCCAGCGAAUGGGAGUGCGAGGCGUGCAUGUUGCGUAACAAGCAGGAGUUGCAGAAAUGUAUUGCCUGCGAAUCGCCCAAGCCAACGGCAAAGCCAGCAGCUACAUCGGCAACAGCAACAUCAGCAACUGCUAUGCCAGCAGCCACACUCGGCUUUGGGGAUCGAUUCAAGCAACCGAGCAACAAUUGGGAGUGCAGUGCGUGCAUGUUGUCGAACAAGGAUGAGCGUAGCAAGUGCAUUGCAUGCGAGACGCCGCGCAAGACGAUCAGCACUGACUGCAAAGUGAGCAUCGCCAAUAUUGCGGGCAGCAACAGUGUUAGCAACAGCAGCAGUAGCGGCAGCAGCAACAGCAACAACAACGGCUUUGGGGAUGCCUUCAAGCGUCCGUCCAAUAUGUGGGAAUGCAGCAGUUGCAUGAUCCUAAGUCCGGCUACUGUUACGGAAUGUCCUGCCUGUCAGACGCCAAAUCCCAAGAGCAACAGCACCGCUCCCAGCACCACCAACAACACCGGCAGCAGCUUUAAGUUUGGUUUUGCCAGUGCCGAAAAUGUUGAGCCGCCGAAACCAGAUGCUGGCUUCCAGCAACUGAUCAAGGCCCAAAAGGCGAGCACCUGGAGUUGCGAAGCGUGCAUGGCGCAGAACGAUGAGAGCCGUAAAAAAUGCAUUUGCUGUGAGCAACUGAAGCCGGGCGCAACGGCGGAAGCAGUCGGAACGGCGGAUGUGCCCAAGUUUAUGUUCGGCUUUCCAGCUAAAUCGACAGCAGCGGAAACAACAACAACAACAUCUGCUGCUGCAAUAACCACGUCAGGCACAGAAACAAGCUCUGCACCAGCUACCUCGUCGUUCACAUUUGGUUUUGCAGCAGCAACAACGGCUGGCAAGGAUGUGGCCGAUAGCAACAAGCCGCAAGCAGCAGUAACAACGACAACAACAACAGCAGCAGCAGCAGCUGCCACACCAACAAAAGCAGCAACAGCAACAUCAACAUCGAUAGCCAGCUUUGCAUCACCAUCAGCGAUAGUUACUACAGCGACUGGCUUUGGAUCUGGCUCAACAGCGCCAAAUGCUGGCAACGGACCCAUCUCCACGCUCUUUGGCAAUGUGAACAGCCCGUUCAGUUCGAAUACUGGCGGAGUAGCAAAUAGUGUCGGCAGCAACAGCAUCACCUCGCCGUUAACAAACAUAUUUGGUGCCGGCAAUAACACUCAGAAGCCAGCAACUGGAUUAGGAGCAACAGCAACACCACCAUCAACCGGAGCAACAGCACCCAAAAUGGCAUUUAAUUUCACUCCAACCGCUACGCCCACAGCUGGUGUAUUCAAUUUUAGCUCGAAUGCCGCCGCCGCCGCUGGCGCUGCUGGCGGCAGCAACGCGCUGCCAAAGCCGGCGUUUAACUUUACGGACGCCGCACCGCAGACGUCGGCAUUUAAUUUCUCAGCGAAUUCAGCAACUGCUGGUAAUACGGGAAGCCGCGAUUCAGUAAGAUCGGAACGACUUUUCCAGUUUGGGGCAACUGGGCCAUCAACGGAUGCUGGAGCAUCAUCCUCCAUGAUGCCAGCAACCAAUAAUCAAAUGUUCAAUUUUACCGCCACAGCUCAGCCCAUGCAGUCAACGCCAAGCGCCGCACCGUUCCAAUUUAAUGCCGGUUCGCCCGCGUCAUCCAAUAUAUUCGCUUUCAAUCCACCACCAAACGCUGGCGGCCCCAUGCAGAAUUCUCGCCGGAAGAUGCGCGCUACAACACGUCGAAUGCCGCCUCGGUAGAAAUGGAAAUGGGGGCAGCAACAGUAGCAGCCGCCAACGCCAACGAUG